AUGGAAGUUGUGGCAGAAAAAAUCUCGAAUAUCCUCAUCGGCAAAGAGCCACCCAAGUCUCCUGUGCAUCAAACUGUGCAAAAAUUUCCUACUGAUAAACAGCUCGAAAGUUAUAAAGAAAAAACAGCGACUCCUCAUGUUCUCACCACCUCGACUGGGGCCCCAAUUUACGAAAAAAAGGCGGUGUUAACUGUCGGUCCCAGAGGGCCAAUGCUUAUGCAGGACUUUGUCUACUUAAAUGAAAUGGCUCAUUUUGACCGUGAAAGAAUACCUGAACGAGUCGUGCAUGCAAAUGGAGCAGGAGCUCAUGGUUAUUUCGAAGUUACACAUGAUAUCACUCAAUACACAAAAGCUGAUAUUUUCUCAGAAAUUGGCAAGAAGACUCCAUGUUUUGUGAGAUUCUCGACAGUUGGUGGAGAUCGAGGAUCAGCCGAUACAGCAAGAGAUCCUCGUGGUUUUGCAAUCAAAUUCUACACAAAUGACGGAAAUUGGGAUUUGGUUAGUAUCUAUAUUGCUGCUAUUACAAAAUACAGUUUGCAAAACAAUCAGCAUUUCUCUUUCAGAUCCAAUAUUUUUCCCUCGUUCAUUCACACUCAAAAACGAAAUCCGCAAACACAUUUGAGGGAUCCAAAUGCAAUGUUUGACUAUUUUGGACUACGGCCUGAGUCGAUUCAUCAAGUAAUGUUUUUGUUUUCGGAUCGUGGAAUUCCUGAUGGAUAUCGUUUUAUGGAUGGAUUUGGGUCACACACGUUUAAACUUGUCAACAAAGUUGGCCAUGCUGUUUAUUGCAAAUUUCAUUUCAAAUGUCAACAAGGCAAUAAAUUUCUGAAAGCCGAAGAUGCAACAAGGAUAGCGGGAGAAGAUCCCGAUUACGCUAUUCGAGAUUUGUUCAAUGCAAUCGAAAAUGGAGAUUUCCCACAAUGGGAACUCAAUUUACAGAUCAUGACAUUCGAAGAAGCUGAGAAAUGGGAAUUUAAUCCAUUUGAUCUAACAAAGGUUUGGCCUCACAAAGAAUUCCCAUUGAUUCCUGUCGGCCGACUCGUUCUCAACAGAAAUCCGAUGAACUAUUUUGCUGAGGUCGAACAAUCGGCUUUUUGUCCAGCCCACAUUGUCCCAGGGAUAGAUUUUUCUCCAGAUCGAAUGCUACAGGGUCGAAUCUUUUCCUAUCCAGAUACCCAAUUUCAUCGCCUUGGUCCAAAUUAUCAGCAACUUCCAAUCAAUUGUCCUUUUGCAACAAAAGUUCACAAUUAUCAAAGGGAUGGAUUUUCAACUAUUCACUCGCAAGAUGGAUGUCCGGUUUAUCAUCCAAAUUCUUUUAAUGGACCGCAAGAGCUUACGACUGAACAUACAAAAGAACAUGUCUUUUCAACAAGUGGUGAUGUUUGCCGUUUUGAUGAUGGAAAUCUCAACAAUUUCGAACAACCACGAGAAUUUUGGACUCGGGUUUUGAAAGAAGACGAGAAGGAUCGAAUGGUGAAAAAUUUUGCCGGAGCUCUCGUAGCUUGUGACCAAAAAAUCGUUGAUAGAUUCAUUGGAAUUUGUGCACAGGUUCAUUCCGAUUUCGCCGCCCGCCUUAAUGAAGCGAUCAAUAAUCAGAUGGGAAAUGCUACUGAUCCCAAAGCUCGUUCG